AUGCCGUUCGUGCCGCUCGCGGAGAUGCUCGAGUGCGGGUGGCGCUACCCGGGCCCGCGGAUCGCGGCGCAGAUGCAGGCGGAGCAGAGAGAGCAGCAGAUGGCGCAGAUGGCGCAGCAGCAGCAGCAGCAGCAGCAGCAGCAGCAGCAGCAGCAGCAGCAGCAGCAGCAACAGCAACAGCAGCAGCAGCAGCAACAACAACAGCAGCAGCAACAGCAGCAACAGCAGCAGCAGCAACAACAGCAGCAGCAGCAGCAAUUCGCUCAACAGCGCGCGAUGCAAGAGCGACAACAGAGAGAACAGCAACAGCGUCAAGGCCAGAGCCAAGGCGGCGGCACGCUCUUCGGGAGCCCGCCCUCGCGCGGCGGCGCGGGCUCCUCCUCCGCGUGGCCGAACGCGCCGCCGCCGGCGAUGCCGAGCGGCGGGAUGCGUUCGCUCGAGGACAUCGAGGGCGCGGCGGUCGGCGGCGGGAGAAACGGGAACGCCGCGAACGACGGACAACAUCACCAGCAGCAGCAGCAGCCCGCGCUGCUGGCGAACCUGUUCGGGUCCGCGACCGCGAACGCGGGCGGCGCGGCGCCGCCUCCGAUGCCGACGAUGCCCGGCGGGGGGAUGUCCAUGGACGAGAUCGAGCGACGCAUGAACGGCGGCGGCGGCGGCGGCGGCGGCGGUGGGGGUCUGCCCUCCGCGCCGCGGCCCGGGUCUUUCGGCGACGCGGCGCCCGCGUGGGGAGGCGCGCCGGCGGACGGCGGGUGGGUCAGCGCGACGCCGCCGAAGGGCGCGCCGCCGGACUUGAACCACGUCCAGCAGCAGCAACAACGCGCCGCCGCCGCCGCAAACGCCGCGAGGCAGCCGGAGACGGUGCCCGCGUCGCCGCCGAGGCAGCCCGCGUGGGGCGGCGCGGCCGCCGCGGUCGCGACGACCGCGUCCGUCCAGGGCGGCCAAUCGCUGCAGGAUAUCCAGCGCGAGGAGGAGGAGAAGGCUGCGCGGCGACGCGAGGCGAUGGAGGCGCAGCGAAUGGCGAACCCCAUAACCGCGGGGGGCGCCGCGUUGGGCUCGGCGUGGGGCGGGGCCCGCGGCGGGGGGAAGUCUCUGCUCGAGAUUCAGGAGGAGGAGCUGCGCGUCGCGCGUCAGCGCGCGGAGUCGCAGCGGCAGUCGGCGGCGCCGACCGCGGCGCAUAUGAUGGGCGGCGGCGGCGGCGGCGGCGCGUGGGGCGGCGGCGCGACGCCGCACUCGGUGACGUCCGCGCCCGCGGGCGGCGGCGGCGGCGGCGGCGGAUUUUGGGAUUCCCUCCCCGUGGCGGCGUCGCACCCCGCCCCCCCCACCCCGAGCCAACAACAACAGAUCCAACAGAGCGGCGGCGGGUUCCCCGGCAAGACCCCCGCGUCGAAGCUCCCCGGCGUCGCGGUCGCGCCGCUCGUCGCGCCUCCGUCGGCGCCGGCGUCCACGUCGCCGACGACGGGGGCGGAAUUCAAGGCGUGGGUGAAGGACGAGAUGCUCGCGCUCAACGGCAGCGACGACACGACGCUCGUGGACUUCCUCGUGUCGCUGCCGUCCGCGGGGGAGGUGACGGAGUACGUGCAGCUGUACUUGGGCGACACCGCGCGCGCGGCGUCGUUCGCGAACGAGCUCAUUCGCUUGAAGCGGACGAAUCCGGGAAUCGUGGCGGGCGGCGGCGGCGGCGGCGACGGGUUUUCGCAGAGGAGCGGAGGAUGGGAGGGCGCGAGCGGCGGGAAGAAGAGCAAGAAGAAGGGGAAGAAGUGAGCCGUCGUCACGAUGUGAUGUGAUGACGACGCGUCUUCUCUUCCUUCUGCGCGUCUUCUUCUUACUUUCUCUGGAUAGGAUAUUAGCAGGGUGAACGUGACGGGUGUUUGUUGUGCGAUGAACGUCGAC